UUCUUUUCUACUGUUCGCAGAUUGAUGGUGGUUCAAUAGAUCCUCCAAUGACUUGAAUGAGAGUGUUACCGAGAACCUUCACUGAAUUCUCUUGCGUACAAAUUACACUUUACAUUACUCUCGGUUAUUGUACGUUACUUGGUUGAAUCAUCGAUACCGCCGUGAUCGUGUCGGCGCAAUUCUACCAUGUCUGAUUCCUCGGCGUCCGAAUCGCCCAAUGUGACGUAUUAUUGCCAUGCUUGCGAACGAAAUAUUACCCCGAAUUUAUCGGACUACACGUGUCCGCGAUGUAAUUCGGGCUUCAUUGAGCGGAUCGAGCGACCAACGAAUCCGUUUCUGGGAACGUCGAUUUUCGAAUUGUCGGAGGAGCCGAGUACGGCGGACAAUGUGGGGCCUUCGGUGAUGCGGAUCAUACAGGAUAUGGUUGCGAUGGAGCACGCAUUGUUCAAUAUGCCGAGUGGAACUUUCGGAGACUAUGCCUUCGGGCCCCAAGGCCUGGACAAUGUGAUAACUCAGCUAUUGAAUCAAUUGGAGGGACAAGGGGGGACACCGCCGUUGACCCCAGAUCAGAUACAGGCUCUACCCCAGUUGAAAGUUACUGCUGAGAUGCGGGAGAAAAGCCCGCAAUGUUCCGUAUGCAUGGAAGAUUUCCAGACCGAAGAGAUUGUUCGUAAGCUCACCUGUGAUCAUUUCUUUCACGACACCUGCAUCGUUCCUUGGUUGGAAAGACAUGCGACGUGUCCAGUAUGCCGCAAAGAGCUUGGUUCUGGCCAGCCUCGGAAUCCGCAGCGGUUACUGAUCCGAACGAGAUCAGAAGAACCAACCCAUGGUUCUGCACCGCCGCCACCUAUCGAUCCUGUCGGCUCUAGACCUCAGCCAACGCAACCGCAGCAGCCGCCACCGCCACCUCCGCCGCCGAAUGCGGCAACGGGGGAAGCACCGAGUCCCAGAACCCCCGAGAUUGUUCCUGGGAAACGCGCUCAUUCGACGGUUACGGGACCAGAGCUAAUUCUUAACAAAGCUAGUGCGGUCAGUCCACAAAAACUUGUUGAAUCUGAUCUCUCAUGUUUGGCGGACGCCAUCAAAGGCGAAAUUUUGGAGCAUUUGGAGGCAGACGAGGUGAAAGCGCUUUCGACCUAUCAUUUUGAUGGAAAAGGGAAAGCGAUUCGUCCACUGAUCGUUCUUCUUACCGCACGAUGCAUUAAUCAUCAUAUGGGUAACGAGGAAUUAUCGCAGCAUCAACGCUAUGUUGCCAUGAUCGCUGAGAUGAUCCAUACGGCAUCACUGAUCCAUGAUGACGUGAUCGACGAAAGUGAUAUCCGUCGCGGACGACCUACUCUUAGCAGUUUAUGUGGGCAGAAAAAGGCGAUUUUGAUCGGAGAUUGCGUUCUGGCGAUAUCAUCGUUGUUGUUGGCUCGGAUAGGUCACGCCGACGUGUACCGAAUAAUUUCUCAAAUUUUGACCGACCUGGUACAAGGGGAGUUCAUGCAAAUGGAAAAUCCUGCGAAGAGAGUCACACAGUCUGACAGGUUUGCGCACUACCUGGAGAAAAGUUUCAAGAAAACGGCAAGUUUGAUGGCCCGUCCAUGUGAAGCUGUUGGUGUUCUGGCACGUUUACCCCCGAAACUUCAAGAAACAGUGUUUCUCUUCGGCCGUAACCUGGGAAUGGCCUUCCAGCUGGUUGAUGAUCUGUUAGACUUCGAAUGCGACUCCCAACAACUUGGGAAACCCGCUAUGAAUGACCUGAGGUCAGGCAUCGCAACAGGACCAGUUCUUUUGGCUGCUGAAAGUCACCCUGAGCUGUAUGAAAUGAUCGGCCGAAGGUUUAAUCGCGAUGGGGACGUGGAAAAAGCGUAUCACCUGGUCGUCGACGAAUCGGAUGCAAUUUUGAGAGCUCGUAAUUUGGCAGAAUCCUACGGAGCGUCUGCACUUCGGUACUUGCACUUAUUCAAGGACAGCGAGUAUCGACGUGGACUGGAAGCCGUGAUAGAUCAAAUUCUCACUCGCAGAAAAUGA